AUGAAGAACGCCGCAGCACUUGCGGAGGACGUGGUGGUUGUGCGGUACGCCACGGCGGAGAUGUUCGUGGCGGCGUUGGAGCCGCACCUCCGCCGCUCGUCGUGGGCCGCCAACCUGCUCCUCGCCCCCGCCUACGCCCCCUCCGCCUCCGAGUGCCUCUUCCUCGCCACCUGGCCCUCCACCACCACCUCCGCCGGAGCCAGCCAACGACCAGUUCUGGUGUUGGCCCGCGUCGACGCCUUCCCCAUCUUCGUUUCCUUCACCGACGCCUGCGAUGGUAACGAUGUUGAGGUGGUCGGCCGCCACGUGGAGGCGCUGGCCGAGCACCUGGCCGGCCGGGUGUCGGCCGAGUGGCUGGGCACGGUGCGGCGGGUGACGGGUCCCNCUGGCUCAGCCGACCGCUGGCCGACGCCGUGGGCCGUUGCUCAAACCGCGCGCGACGCCGCACUGGACCCU